AUGUAUUUCUUAUUACAAUGGCUAGUGCAAGUCACAUGCGGUAAUGACGCGUGCACGAUGAUUAUGAACGUCUUUGGCUACACAGCAAUGGGGCAGCUAUUUGUACUUCUGAUUCUGUUACUGAUGUCAAUAAUCUGUGUUGUCAUAUUGAUAGCUUAUGGUCUCAACAUUCAUAGGACUGCCUAUGCAAAUGCGAUAUUGGGCGUGGAACGCCUUUAUGCAGCCCUUAGGAAUCGUUCUAUUCAUCAUCGCUGGGAUAUUAGGAACAUGGAUGGCCGUUCUCACCAACCAGGAAGACGUAAGCGAUUGACAUCAACUGUAAAACAAACGUUUCUAAAGUAA